AUGAACCAGCAGUGGGGCAGUGAAGAGGAACGCAGGGACCCGGCCAGGGCAUCUCGUGACGGGUCCAAAGCGGUGCAACACUUACCUGCGUUCGAGCAGAGGGAAAUACAUUGUGACCCAGUAAACUUUACCCAGCCUUCAGAAGCUCCUCCCUUUGCUCAGUCUUCAAUGGCUCUGUCCUCAGUCCAGGCUCCAGUUGUGCCGCCCUCUGCCCAGCCUCUAGUGGCUCCGCCCUCUGUCCACCCUCUAAUGGCUCCGCCCUCUGUCCACCCUCUAGUGGCUCUGCCCUCUGCCCAGCCUCCUGUUGUUCCUCCCUUUCCCCCGACUCUAGUUGCUCUAGUCUCUGACCAGGAAUCAGACAUUUUCCUUGAAGACCAGUCACCACUUAGUCCUCUAUCUCCCCAGUCAUCAGUCAUUGAUCUUACAGAUCAAGAGAGGUCUGUUUCCCCUACUCUUUCCUACCAGGAUUCCCCUCUUCACUAUGUGGCACCUAUAGAUGAGGUUGACCUACAAACCUACAAAAAACUGCUAAAAAGGUGA